ACUUGUGGCUUGUUUCAUCUGUGUUUAGUUUCAGUUUCCUCCUCCCCCUCUGCUGACUUGAAUCCAGCCCUCGCCUGCAGAGAAAGGCUCCAGAGAGGACGUCCAGACCACUUUCAGCCACUGGCUGCACACAGGAAGAAGUCUGCAGAGAAUAACAACAUGGGACUAACGACAAAUCUUUAACAGCAACUUGGGGCCAUAACGGAAUGUUUUUUUAAGUCUUACAGAUCGGACAACACUGGGGCGUGGCAGCAGACACAUGCUGAAACUGUGUGGGAGGCCACACUCAACAGGUAGCUCACAAUACCUGCUCACAUUCUUGCAGUAGGAAGCCGGAAGAAGGUUGGACACAGGCUAAACACUGCAAAUGUGAAUUUAAUAUAUUUGUAAGUGCCUUUUUUGAAAGCUGUGUGAUUGUUUGAAUUUCAGUAAGUUCAUUAGUUUACAUCCUGGAUAUAGCUAAGGUCAGCUGUGAGCCCUCUGUAUCUGCACUAUGUUUUCCUCUGUUACCCCAUUCAAGAACCAGCACUACUCCUCGCUGAAGAAUGCCUGUAUCAAGGAUAAGAAGCUGUUCGAAGAUCCAGAGUUCCCUGCCAACAACGCGUCUAUCUACUUUAGGAAACCUCCACCUGGAAGAGUGGAAUGGAAGAGGCCACGGGAAAUCAGUAAUUCGCCGCAUCUCUUUGUGGAAGGCAUUAGUGCACAUGACUUGAACCAAGGAAUUGUGGGAAACUGCUGGUUCGUUGCCGCCUGCUCUUGUUUGGCCCUGAAGCCGAAUUUGUGGACAAGGGUGAUCCCAGACUGGAAGGAGCAGGAGUGGGACAGCAAACACCCAGAGAACUAUGCAGGAAUAUUCCACUUUCAGUUCUGGAUUUUUGGGAAGUGGGUGGAUGUGGUGGUAGACGACCGGCUGCCCACCAUCAAUGGGGAGCUCAUCUACUGCCAUUCAAAAGAAAACAAUGAGUUUUGGAGUGCUCUACUGGAAAAAGCUUAUGCCAAGCUCUCGGGCUGCUACGAGUCUCUGGAGGGGGGAAACACUGGUGAUGCAGUGGUAGAUUUCAGUGGAGCUGUGGCAGAGGCCAUUGACCUGCAGGAGGGAGCUUACCACAGUGACCAGAAGAAACAGGACGAGCUGUUUACAAAUCUGCUGAAGGUUUAUGACAGAGGAGGCAUCAUCAGCUGCUCCAUCAAGGCCCAACCACAUGAAAUUGAGUUAAAGAUGGGCAACGGUCUGGUGAAGGGCCAUGCGUACUCUGUGACUGCAGUGAAGAAGGUGCGGCUGGGUCACGGACUGUUGGCCUACUUUAAAAAUGAGACCAUCCCAAUGAUCCGCAUGAGAAACCCUUGGGGCAAGACCGAGUGGAAUGGACCCUGGAGCGACACUUCUGAAGAGUGGUCAAAAGUUGGUGACACUGAAAGGGGAAACCUUGGCAUCACAGUGGCUGACGAUGGAGAGUUUUGGAUGGCAUUUUCAGAUUGGUGCAAGUUCUUCACUGAUGCAGAUGUUUGUCGUCUCAUCAAUACCUCAGUUUUAAGCAUACACAAAACCUGGAAUGAGGUCAUGCACUUUGGGAGCUGGACCAAAAAUGCAGACCCUCUCUUGAACCGUUGUGGUGGCUGUGCAAACUACAAAUCUACAUUUCUACAGAACCCACAGUAUGUGUUUGAUGUGACAAAAGAGGAGGAUGAGGUCCUGAUCUCUCUGCAGCAAAAAGAUAUGAAAAUUCACAGGAAACAGGGUCAAGGAGAAAAUCUGACUAUUGGCUUUAGCAUAUUCAAGGUGGAAUUGAACAGGAAGUACAGAUUACAUGACAUUCUGACCCAACAGUGUGUAGCCACAUCGACAUACAUAAAUGCCCGGACGGUCUUCAUGAGAGUGGACCUCCAACAGGGCCGCUAUGUCGUCCUGCCAACCGGCUUCAAACCACUGACCCUCGGGGAUUAUAUGCUACGCAUCUUCACAGACGUUGAUUCUGGAUGCAGGGAGCUAACAGUGGACAAACCCCAAGUGCGCUGCUGGAGUUCGUUUGUUGGUUAUCCUCAAGUUGUGAGUCAUGUCUACAUCCAUGCAGCAGCAGGGCUGGAGAACCAGGACAAGAAUGGAGGCGCAGACCCCUAUGUGAUCAUAUACUGUGAAGGGAAGUCAGUGAGGUCCCCCAUCAAAAAUGACACGCUAGAGCCGGAGUUUGCCGUCAGUGGUGUUUUCUACAGGAAGAAACCAAGGAAACCUAUCACUGUGCAGAUCUGGAACAGCAAUGCUGUGAAGGACGAGUUCAUGGGGCAGGUGGUGCUGUCGGGGGCAGUGAAUGACAGUAUGGAGCCUCAGGUCAUGCAACUACGGAAAUGGGGUUCUCAGAUGGCCGAUGAGGUGCCUGGGAAAAUCAGCCUGAAGAUUGUCACGGUUACUCAGCUCACCGCGAUUUAACUGUACCACUCUGAUACUGUGUAAGACUUAAAGCUUACCUUACCAAAGCAGUGCUGCAGCCAUGAACUCUGUCAUGCAAUUGGUUACGUGCACCGAUGAGCAUUACGAACUGUUAAAUGGUCUAUUAUGGUUGGUUGGACUAUAGUGUGUAUUUUGGCCAACUGUCAAAUUGUGAUGUCUGUCUCUCUCUAUCAAAACCACUAUUACCUUUCUCAGCCUUUUCAACAAGUGUAAUUCAGCUAAUUUUUACAUUACAACUAUACUCUUCAUAAAAUCAAUCAAUCUGUCAAUCAUAUUAACUGAAAUCCAGUUUACAAAUUGCAUUGAAAGGUUGAACUUUCACAUGUUGCCAAUCCAAAUGCCUUUGAAAGUUUACUUAGGUUUUUAACAGAAGAUGUUUUUUACACUUUUACAAGUUGUGUGAAAAUAAAGAUUUUUUAGAAAAUAAGAAUUUGAGCA